AUGUGUUUCCCUAUGCUCUGUGUGCUAUUGAUUUCUGUUCUUGUUCCUGUGUGGCUGACUGAAGAGACAACCUGUAAACGUUGGGGGAUGUUUGAUCCACUUAGUUUAACUAAAGACGGCGACAUCGUUCUCGGAGGAGUUUUCAGUAUUCAUGUCGACGUUGAGGAUCGGGAUAUGGAUUUUAAAUCCCAACCAAAAGCAGUAACAUGUACAAAGUUUCUAUUCAGACUGUUUCGCUUUGCGAUGGCGAUAAUCUUUGCAAUUGAAGAAAUAAACAAAGACCCGACGCUGCUUCCCAACAUUACUCUGGGCUACUGGAUUUCUGACUCUUGCGGAAUGGUUGCCAUGUCCAUAAAAACAACCUUCGAAUUUUUAAAUCGAUUGGAAAAAACAUCUUCAGCUGUCACCUGCAAAAGAGCGCCCGCAGUUUCUGCAAUUAUUGGUGACUCGAGUUCUUCGAUGUCAGCAAUUGCGACCUUAAUCCGUGGUUUUCGGAUUCCUUUGGUGAGUUACUUUGCUACAUGUGAAUGUCUGAGCAAUAGGAGGGAAUAUCCAUCAUUUUUUAGAACAAUACCAAGUGACUACUUUCAGGUCAGAGCCUUGGCUCAGUUGGUGAAACACUUUGGUUGGACGUGGAUCGGGACCAUUAGAAGUGACGAUGACUAUGGUAACUUUGGAAUGAAAGCGUUCACAAAAGCUAUACAACAACUCGGUGUUUGUAUUGCAUUCUCUGAGUCUUUCCAUAUAACAUACUCAAGGGAAGAAUUGCUUAAAAGUAUAGAUGUUAUUAAGAAAUCUACCACAAAUGUUGUUGUAGCAUUCCUUGCUCAAUCUGACAUGACUCUUUUACUCAAAGAAAUUGUGCGACAAAAUGUGACAGGUAUUCAAUGGAUAGGAAGUGAGGCGUGGGUCACCACAACACAUCUGUCCCCAGAAGAAAGCAGACGAUUCCUUUCUGGCACAAUUGGAAUUGCGAUUCGCAAAGUACACGUUCCAGGGUUGAGAGAGUUUCUACUGCGAGUUCAUCCUUCUGCAUAUCCAGGAAACCGCUUAGUAAAAGAGUUUUGGGAAAUGACCUUCAACUGUACAUUAAGAAACGAGGAGCACAAAGCAGAUGGAAUUAAGGAAUGCACAGGACGAGAGGAUCUGCGGACUGUAAAUAAUACAUAUACAGAUGUGUCUCAGUACAGAGUUACCUACAAUGUCUAUACAGCGACCUAUGCUAUAGCUCAUGCUCUUCAUGAUAUGCUGUCGUGUGAAAGUGGCAAGGGAUCAUUUUCCAAUAAAAGUUGUGCAAAUAUUUCAAAUUUUCAACCAUGGCAAAUUUUACAUUACAUGAAAACAGUAAAUUUCAACACAAAGAUUGGUGAAAGUGUUUAUUUUGAUCAAAAUGGAGAUCCAGUGGCAACAUACGACAUUAUAAACUGGCAACCAAAUGACCUCGAUGGAACUGAUAUUGUUACUAUUGGGCACUAUGAUGGAUCUGCUCCUGCAGGGGAACAAUUUAAAAUUAGGGAAAAGAUAAUUGUAUGGAAUGGAGGUCAGAUUACGGUCCCACGGGCGGUUUGCUCUGACAGUUGUCUCCCUGGAACAAGGAAAGCAGCAAGAAGAGGACAACCAAAGUGUUGCUUUGAUUGUAUAGAAUGUGCUGAUGGUGAAAUUAGUAACAUCACUGAUUCAACUUUGUGCCUAAAAUGUCCUUUGGAAUACCGGUCCAAUGAUAAACGGGAUCAUUGCAUACUGAAGGAAAUUGAAUUCCUCUCCUUCGAGGAGACAUUGGGGAUUGCUCUAGUGACACUCGCAUUGCUUGGAGUUUGCAUCACUAUGAGUGUAUUUGCAGCUUUCUAUGUUCACAGAGACACUCCUAUUGUUAAAGCUAAUAACUCAGAGUUAAGUUUUCUGCUUCUUUUCGCAUUAGCUUUGUGUUUUCUGUGCUCAGUUACAUUCAUUGGAGAGCCUUCAGUCUGGUCCUGUAGGUUAUGUCACACAGCCUUUGCUAUCACUUUUGUUCUUUGUAUUUCCUGUGUUUUGGGAAAAACGAUCGUUGUGGUGAUGGCAUUUAAUGCAACACUUCCCAGUAAUAACAUGAUGAAGUGGUUUGGACCUACACAACAACGCCUGAGUGUUCUCAUCCUUACUCUGAUACAAUGCUUAAUAUGUACUGUCUGGCUAUGUUUGUCACCACCUUAUCCACUGAAAAAUAGUGAAUAUUUUAAGGAAAGAAUCGUGUUUGAAUGCCAUCUGGGAUCUGCAGUAGCCUUUUACUGUGUACUUGGUUACAUUGGACUGUUGUCUUGUGUAUGCUUUGUAGUUGCUUUUCUCGCUCGCCGACUUCCAGACAACUUCAAUGAAGCGAAGCACAUCACUUUCAGCAUGCUUAUCUUCUGUGCUGUUUGGAUCACUUUCAUUCCAGCUUAUGUAAGCUCUCCUGGAAAAUACACUGUGGCUGUAGAAAUAUUUGCAAUUUUGGCCUCAAGCUUUGGGCUACUUGUCUGUAUUUUUGCUCCUAAAUGUUAUAUUAUCCUGCUGAAAAAAGAGGAAAAUACGAAGAAGCACAUGAUGGGUAAAAUGGCUUCCAAGAAACAGUGA